GGGGUUCAACAAGCGUACCAGGCCAGGUAUGAUUUUUUAUCUUUCAUAUGAUAAUGCUCUGCUUUCCUAGGUACGGUACCGCACUCCCUCCCUCCACGGGCUAGAAAAGUCUAGAAAUGAGCGAGCGAAUAGAGACGGCCAGGAUAGGAUAGGUGGAUGGGCAUUUUAAUCGUAAGAUUUCACGUUGGAAACAUAAUAUACUCAUCAUCAGUCAGUUCAUGUUGGCCAGAGAGAGCGAGAGAGCGAGAGAGAGGAAAUCAGCUCAUUCUUUAUUGUUUUGUUGAUAUAUACUUACAUACCUACAUACAUACACACAUCGCAUUUUGAUUUCUUAAAAUCCCUUUUUUUCCUACACCUACCGACGGUUCAUGACGGGAUAUGUUAUAUGCUGCUUCCAAACAUUCAUUCAUUCAUUGCGCAUUCACUCAUAUGAUUCAUUGAUUGAUCGAUCGAUUGAUUCACACUCAAGAGUCAUAUACGAAUAAUUGCUGUCAUACCUGCCUUCCCUCUUCCUCUUAUUGUCGCAGAUAUUAUAUCUGCAAACUUACCGCCUACACACUUCCAUACCUAUCUACUUGUCUACAACAUCCUCAACUCUCACAUACCAAACCCCCAAAUCCGAUUCCAAAAUGUCAAAACCCUACUCCAUACAAGCCGCCAGUGAAGAAAGACGUCGCGUCUACCACGAAGCAGAUGUAGUCGUGGUCGGCGCCGGUAUAUUUGGUUGCGCAAUAGCUUAUGCACUUGCCCAACAAGGUCGCAGUGUCAUUCUUCUCGAACGUUGGCUUAAAGAACCCGAUCGUAUAGUCGGCGAACUGCUCCAGCCAGGUGGUGUUUCCGCACUCGAGAAACUUGGUCUCGCACAUUGUUUAGAAGGGAUCGAUUCGAUAAGGGUGAAAGGAUAUGAAGUUAUAUACCAUGGAACACCCGUCACCAUACCUUAUCCACCAAAUGCUGGCGCAGCACAAGAAGGAGGAUUCAAAGCAUCGGAGAAUGAAAAAAGUGCCAGACCAGAGGGAAGAAGUUUUCAUCAUGGAAGAUUUAUUUCGCAAUUGAGGAAAGCGUGUGCAAGUCAGCCCAAUAUUACAAUUGUCGAAACAGAAGUCACAGAAACCAUAACUGGUGGGCACAACUCAACUCAAGUUCUCGGAGUCCACACACGAACUACCAAUCCAUCUACGGGCGAAAAAGAAGCAGAUUGUUAUUUUGGCCAUCUCACCAUCAUCGCAGAUGGAUAUGCCUCCAAAUUCCGCAAGCAAUACAUCAACAAAACUCCCAUUGUCAAAAGUAAAUUCUACGCUCUAGAAUUAAUAGAUUGUCCCAUGCCAGCUCCCAAUCAUGGAAUCGUAGUCCUCUCGGACGUCUCCCCAGUUCUCCUCUAUCAAAUCGGUACCCACGAAACUCGCGCUCUAAUAGAUAUUCCCGACAAUACUCCUGCUGCAUCUGCCGCUGCAGGUGGCGUACGAAAUUAUAUUCAUACCGUCGUCCUCCCAAUCUUACCGCCACAAGUUCGACCCUGUUUCCUCAAAGCCCUUGAAGAUGGCAAAAUUCCCCGCAGCAUGCCAAACAGUUUUCUCCCUCCAUCCACGCAAACCCAAAAAGGAGUUCUUCUCCUUGGGGAUGCAAUGAAUAUGCGUCAUCCUUUAACUGGCGGUGGCAUGACUGUAGCCUUCAAUGAUGUUGUUCUCCUAUCCUCUUUACUUUCUCCAUCCAACAUCCCAAAUUUAAACGACACGGUCGCUAUAAGUAAAGCUAUGAAAGAAUUCCAUUGGCGUCGCAAAUCUCUUUCUUCUAUCAUCAAUAUCCUCGCCCAAGCUCUCUAUGCACUUUUUGCAGCUAAUGAUCCACAACUUAAGACAUUACAAAAAGGAUGCUUUUAUUAUUUCAAAAGAGGAGGGAAUUGUAUUGAAGGUCCUGCAGGAUUAUUGGCGGGAAUUAUUAGACAACCGUUAGUAUUGAUUUAUCACUUUUUUUCAGUGGCAGUAUUAGCGAUUUGGAUCUUGAUGGGAGAUAUUAUGGGAGGAAUAAAAGGAUUUUGGAAGGCUCCUUGGGCAAUAGAACAGAGUAUGGAGGUUUUUUGGAAGGCGUGUGUGGUUAUCGUUCCAUUUAUGUGGAGCGAGUUGAGAAGUUAAGGGGUGCAUGUUUUGAAGUGGUGUGGGAAAGAGAAGAGAAAGGAAGAAAGCUGUAAUGUUUGAUGAAGAGAUGAUGAGGUUAUUUGAUGUGGUUGACGAUUAGAGGAAGAUGCACAUGAUAUACUCAAGAUGAUGAAAGUUCUUCAUGGCUUGACAUUCAUUAUGAUGUAUUGUGUUUCUGAUAGCGAGCGAAGCUUUAUGUGUUUAUGGCAUGUUAAUGAGCGUUUAAUGGAUUGAAGUGGAAGAGGUGAAAAGAAGAAGAGGAAGAGGAUAGAACAAAAGCUGUAUUGAAAUUCUUGAGAUUCUUCCUGGAAUUCAUAGAAUACAUCUGUAUGCAUGCACGGAGUACUAAAUAGAGAGAGAGAGAGACAGAAAGAUUCUACAUAACUUAUAAUUAAUCAACAAAUAUAAUAAUACUAAGUCUGGUUUUUAACAUUAUUCUUAUGAUUCGAGUUUUUGUAUUAUAUAAUAUCAUGGAUAUAAUAUUAUCUA